GUUAAGGUGCUUGCUUGGUUUCACAUCGUUGGGUUUGUUAAGCUCCUCCUUGUUUGUCUCCUCGUUAUGCUUGUUAAACUCUCGCUUCUCAUAAAUAUCCUCGUUAGGUUCCUUAUUUCCUCUCUUCUGCCUGCUAGCUUACUCAAUCCUACAGAGGCAGUUCCUUGUGAGAGUCAACCAUAAACAUAUAUACAUUGACUUCUCCGACCCAUAGCUGCGUAACUAAAGUAAAAUGUUUAUGUGCAAAGGGUUAGGGUCAGAUUUAGGGUUAUGGUUAUGGGUUAGGGGGUGGGUUAACCCUAGACCUAACCCUAACCAUAACCAAUAGGAGGAGAGCCAUUCUAACCAAUCACAGGCGAAUCAGAGGCGAAAAUGACGGUACUUGUCCCUAACAUCCUACGGAAAAAAGAUUUGCUCACAGGGUCAUAUGUUUCCCGGUCACAUACAAAGCGGGGAACAUAGGCGUGGGGAACAUAGGUCCCGGGAACAUAGGUACGCUCCCCAUAUGGGUUAGCUGUGUUGGUUUCACGUUGCUAUCGACGGUUUCCGGUUGUCCAGAUUUGCGUGUCACCACUUCUACCUGCACGACAGAGAUGGCAAUGCAAAUUUACUGUAGCCUUCCCUGUAAAUAGACCUGUAGAAACAAGCAGACGUGUUUACCGCAUUCUCUCAAGCCUGUGAUGCCUCACAGACUGGUAAUUCAAUGAAAUACAGGUCCACGUUACAUUUUACAGCAGUUGGGGUUUAUUUGAGGUAUCUUGUUUAUUAUGAGUCCAAUAAGUCUUGCCAUUCAUGUUGGCAUCCAAAUGUGCCAGCACAUGAAUAUUCAAAUACAUUAUACCACUGGAAGUUCCGACCAACCAGCUGCAUCGGUCAACGAGAACGAAAUUAACAUAUAUAACCUAUUGCUCACAUCAUACAAUGUGUAACGCAUGUAAUCACUGAGAUAAACAUAGGUUAAGUCCUAGGCUGCUCUUCACUGUAGCCUAUCUUUAAUUGUUUGAUUAUAUUGCUUGGAUUAAAGAGCAGUCUACUAAAUUACAAAGAUUAUAUGUGAAGGAAAUGUGUUAUGUGCAAAAAAUAUCAUACAUAUUUUGGGCUCCUUCUCGUUAAACUCUUGCCUCUUGUUAAUAUCCUCGUUAGGUUCCUUAUAACCUCUCUUCUGCCUGCUAGCUAACUCAAUCCUACAGAUGCAGUUCCUUGUGAGAGUCAACCAUAGACACAUAUACAUUGACUGCUCCGACCCAUAGUUGCGUAACAAAAGUAAAAGGUGUAGCUGAGGUUUGGCAGGUAUUUGUUCCUGCCAGAGACAGUGAUACUUCUUAUUGUGAUUGUUGGAUAGGUGUGGUGGAAUACCAUAUAUGAAACUGAAAAAAAUGCGAAAUGAAAGUUCAUGUCACUUGGUAGAUGUGACACCCCUCAGUAGGCUCUUUUCACAGAAGUGACAGAGGUAAACGGUUCGUAUCGGCUGCUUCUUCUGGGCCAGACGUGUGUAAGCGAUGAUGAUCAAGAACUGCAGUGACCUGACUCUGUGCUGGGAGAAGCUGGACCAAUCGGAUGUCCAGUCCAUGGGCCAUAACUCAGGAUUUCCCAACUCCUUCAUGAACAUAUCUGGAGGGAACAGAAGCGAUGCUAGGCCUUGCCAGGUUCUACCCCAAGAAUUGUCUCUCUCUGUGCUCCUGUGUGUGGUCUUCCUGCUUGGCUCCCUCCUCAACGGUGCCAGCCUCUGGGUGUUCUGCUUCCGGACGCCAGAAUGGAGCACCGGCACGCUGCUGCAGUUCCAUCUGACGCUCAGUAACAUCUUGGCCACGCCCCUCGUCCCCAUGAUGGCCACAAACCUCGCCCUGGGCAGCCACUGGCCCUACGGCCGCUUCCUGUGCCAGGCGAUGAUCGCCCUGCUCAGCUCCCACUUCUACGGCAGCACCGUGUUCCUCAUGCUUAUCAGUGUGCACCGCUACACGCUGGUGGUCCACUUCAACAAGGACGCAUGCAUGAAGCGUAAGCCCUUCGUGAGGAGGCUGUGCGCGGGCAUGUGGUCGCUCCUCCUGAUCCAGGCGAUCGUCCUCGCCGUCGUGCUCCCCUCCAGCCUGGAGGAGGAGGAGGAGCAUUGUCUCAGCAUCCACCAUGUGAAGCUCAGCGUUUCCCUCCUGUACAUCACUCUGCUGCUCUUCACCCUCGGGUUCCUGCUGCCGUUCUCGGUGUCCCUCGGAUGCUACUGGUGCCUGGCGAACACGCUGGCCCGUCUUCAAAACCAGUCCGCCCGAGGCCGGGCCAAUCGGUACAAAUCCCAGAGGAAGAUAGCGGCGUGUCUGGUGACGUUCGCCGUGUGCUUCCUCCCGCUUCAUGUCACCAGGACCAUGGGGGUGGUCCUGAAGACGUUCUACCCCUCAGACUGUCCCGGUCUCCUGAGGGCUGAGACCGGAUACUACGUGUCCUGGGUGUUGACCGGGGUGAACUGCUGUCUCGACCCCAUCUUGUACGGCUUCGGCUCACACAACUUUGCGCACACCUUGUCGUUAAUGAGGGUUGGUCAGCGAGUGGUCCAGCAACAAAAUCCAAGCUUUUCUGCGAACUAGAAACUAGUUAGAGUCACUUAUGAUUUGAGAUUCCCUUACUUUUAGAGUCCCUUACUUUACUUUACUGAGCUGCACUUACAUAUACAGUUCACUUUUAUAUACAAGCAUAUUUAAUCACAUUCUGCUGUUGGUUAGAUCCAUAUUGUAUCCAUGAUUAGAACAUUUCUGUAUGCUGUUAUUUGUGUUUAUAUUGUUAGCUGUGUAUAAUAUUAUUUUAACCUUGAUGUUGCUGCCUUCAUUUGAGCAACUGUAACAAAUGAACUCUUCCGAGCACAAUAAAGUUAUCUGUAUCUGUAUCUGUUAUUGUUGGUUUGAACAGGUAUAUGAGCAGGUUCUAGGCGGGGGUACUAAAAAUACAGAAUCAUCAGAAUUUUUAUAUUUAU